AUGAAUUCCACAAACGUUACAGAUGGUUCUCUCGGCCUUUUGGAAAAGGUGCUGAUGGGAGCUGCUCUCACAGUUCUCAUUGUUUUGACUGUGGGUGGUAAUGUGAUGGUAUGCUUGGCUGUCUAUUUCAGUCGACGGCUUCGCAGCCUAACUAAUUGUUUCAUUGUCUCAUUGGCCUUUACAGAUCUGCUACUAGGCCUACUGGUCUUACCCUUCUCAGCCCUCUAUGAGAUCUCCUCCCAUAAAUGGCACCUGAGCAUUACUUUCUGCAAUGUCUACAUUAGCUUGGAUGUCAUGCUAUGCACUGCUUCCAUUCUCAAUCUCUUCGUCAUUAGCCUAGAUCGCUAUUAUGCUAUUACAGCACCCCUCCGCUACAACACUGUGGUCACUCCUUUACGAGUCAUUGUAGCUUUGGUCCUUAUCUGGGUAGUGUCCCUCAUGGUUUCUUUCUUACCCAUCAGUUUUGGAUGGAAUACCAAUGACACAACUAUCCAGAACCGGAACCGGAGCCAAUUGAAUGGGGAGCAAGAGUGCAUAUUGGAGGUCAAUUUACCAUACGUUCUUGUGGAUGGCUUACUAACUUUCUACCUCCCCUUAAUUAUCAUGUGCAUCACCUACUACCGGAUAUUUAAAAUAGCCAGGGAACAAGCUAAGAGGAUCAACAACAGGACUUGUUGCAAGGCCAUCAGGACUGCAUUGCCCACAGUGAAAGAACACAAAGCUACUGUGACCCUUGCAGCUGUGAUGGGAGCCUUCAUUAUAUGCUGGUUUCCCUAUUUUACUGUGUUCACAUACCGAGGUGUGAGGGGUGCAGUAUGUGACCCAUUGCAGACUGUUGUCAUGUGGCUGGGUUAUGCCAACUCAGCUCUGAACCCCAUUUUGUAUGCUGCACUGAACAGGGACUUCCGGACAGCUUAUCAGAGGUUGCUCAAAUGUCGGCGAAUAAGGCCAGAUGCCAGAGAAACUUCUCUAUCACAUGAGAUGAGAGACAAGACCUGCAAUCUGAUGACAAAUCUAUAUGAAAACAAACAUCUAGCGACACAUACGAAUGGGAAGAUGAAGCCUCUCAUCAAAGAGACCAUAGAAAGGAAUCAGAACCCAUCAUGUCAUACCUCAAAUUCUACUAUCCUGCCCAUCUGUCAAAGUCUUUGGUUGGCCAAAGUUCUACCCAAGAGGAACGUGUGGAUCCCGAUGUUCGAGCAGUCAACAACAAGGGAACAGAACAUAGAGCAGCACCCUGCACCCCAUACUGUUAUCUAUUGUGUCUUCUCUUAAGCCGGCAGGUUUUCCAUAACACUGAAAGUAUGUGGAUGAUCAAGCAACGAUGGAUUGGAAGUUCUUAUGUUUCACUGUUGAAUGACGUUUCAUGUAAAGGCAGUUCACUCUGCCAUGUCACACAUAUGGAAGAAGAUGAAGAGGAAUUUCUCAAUAUCCAAACUCUGUGGAAAAAAAUCUUUCAUCUACAUCCUACCAUUUUGCUAAGAUCACUCCUAACCAAGAAGAAAUGCAUGGGUAGAAGGAAGAAAUACUGGUUUCACUGGAGACUGCAGAAUUUUCUCUCUCCAAUAUUAAAUUAAUCCUGGGGCUCUAUUCUCUGACAACCAUACUAUCAGAAUAUUCCUGAUAAUUCACUUCUAAUGCCAUCAACUAUUCAGACAUUUUUUUUCUUUGACCUAAUCUACAAAGGGCAUGAAUGUCUUGCAUGUCAAAUAUAGUUCAAAUAACAGAGAUUUUGAAAACCAGGAGUACAAGGAGAAAAUGAAUAAGGUGGGGAAAGAAGGAUGGGUUUGGGUAAAGCAAAGAGGAGGAAGAACCAUUGCUUUCAUUUACAUAUCCAUGACAAUAUAAGCUCUUCCUAUUUUUUACUUUUCUGAAGUAAGAACGAUGCAUAUCCUGGAAAUAUUUCUUUCAUUUAGAUCCUCUAGAACAUGGGUGUCAAACUCACAGCGUCACAUUGCCGUCACGUGACAUUUCACAACGUUUUCCCCCUUCACAGAGCUGGGGUGGGUAUGGCCCACACAUGGUGCAUCCGACCCGCAGAGUGCCAAUUUAACACCCCAA